GAAGCUCCGGAGGCAUUUUGUAUCCUCAACAUCAGGCGUCAUCAAGUCAGUUACCUUCUGCCUUUCAAGCUACAAUCUCAUCCACUUCUCUCAUUAAUCCUGAGCGCCAGUUUUCCCAUCCUGCUCAUUCCGCAGCCAUUCUCACCCUUUCUUGUCCACACUGCACACUCCUGAAUGUCCAUUCGUCUCCACCACCUCUGUCAUCUCUACACGACCUCCUUCUUUCCUGCUACAAUGCUUUGGGUAUCUAAGUAUUUCACAUUCUCCAAUCCUGGAAUCAUUUGGAAGAUUUUCUUUGUUUCUCUGUGCUACGGCAAGCUUUCUGUCUCGGGUAAACUAGAGACGAGAAUGGAGAAGCACACUUUGAUCGAGCUGGAGCUUAGCAGAGAUGCAUUAUUAUUUAAUCCUCCUAACAACCCAAUGAGCAAAGACAGGCUGAGGACUGCUACCAGAAAUCUAGAAGAGCUGUCAGGGAAGCACAUGGAAGAAAUUAAAGAAGUAGAAAAUUAUGCAAACCGUGUCUGUAACUUACCAGAGGAACAGGAAGCAUUUUCUCAUGGUUACGAAAAGGAAAGCAAGCAGCCUAGACAUGAGUUUAAAGGGCUCCAACUCAAACCGGAAGUGCAAAUAAAGGAGGUCGAAAUAUUGUAUCAAGAAGGCUUGUCUGAAAUAGCUCUGAGCAGCCCUAGUGAACAGAUUGCACACUUACUCAUGGAAAGAAGUACACUCUUGAGGAAACUGGAACGAGGGGAUCCCAAACCAGAAUCACAAAGAUGUCUGAGCAGUAACCUACAGAAAGAAUUUCCCCAGGAGAAAUUUGAACAAACUCACCAGCCUCUGCAAAGGGAACAUCAGAAACAUCAAGAACUUGUGCAUCAGUCUAAAAAAAGUCUGAGUGAGUCCCAUGAUGAAGACCCAGAAAAAGGUAAAAUAUCACAAAACUGCAGAGAGAAAGAUAUGGAACAAGUAACAAGGAGGUUAGGGAUGGCCCAUGAAGAGAUCCGAAGGCUCACUGAUGAACUGCAAGGGAAGGAGAAAGAACAGAGUAAAUUAGAUUCUGCACUUGAGAAGUCUCGACUAGAAAUUGAGAAAUUGAAAGAAAAUUUGAUAAAGCUGAAAGAAAAUGACUCAGUUGACCUACGGAAAGCAAAGGAACAUAAUCAGAGAUUGGAUGAGGAAAUUCUGGCUUUAAGAAAUCGAGUUCGAUCACUUGACUCAGAAAGAAAGGUACUUGGAGAAGAGGUUGAAAGGCUUAAAGGAGAAAUUUGUGAAUCUCAAGAGAAUAAGCAACUUGGAAACCACUCUCCUGGAAAAAUGAUAUUGAAAAUGAGCCAAGAAAAAAUUGAACUAUUUGAAAGUGAGUUGUCAGAAGAGAGAGAAAGGAAAAAGCAAUUGACAUCUGAUCUUAAUACUGUGCAGAAGGCUUUGAAAGUUGAAAGUGAGGUCUUGAAGCUUUCAGAAGAAUUUGAGCAAUUAAAUCAUUUUACUGUAGAGAGAAAAACUGCAGCUAAUUUAAUUACAACUGAAAAUAUCUGUAAAUAUCUUGUGUUUAAAGUACCAAUUUUGGAAGUAGAGAUUCAAAGCCCAAAGGAAGAGAGAGAGGAGCUCUGUCCUGAAUUAGGAGAAAGUAAGCAGAAGGAAAUUCCAGAGGAGGCAGUAAAGGAGGGCACUUUUCCAAGAGAGGGACAGAAGGAGGAGGACUCACAGCAGAAACAAGAUAUGAAAGGUGAAGAACAGCAGUUGACCUUGAAGCCUGAGGAAGUCGUGAGGCUCAGAGAAGGGCUGAGCUGUAUGAAUCAGAGCCUCCUUCAGUCUCAGAGCUCUGGGGAUAGCUCAGAUGACAGUAGCGUCCAGUAUCCAUCAUCUGGAGAAAAACGGAAAUACCAGCAGCAAGAGGAGCUACAGCAACUUCGCCAGAAUUUGCACCGGCUCCAGAUUCUAUGCAACUCAGCAGAAAAGGAGCUUCGAUAUGAGCGAGGAAAGAACUUGGACUUAAAGCAGCAUAACAGCUUACUUCAGGAAGAAAGCAUUAAGAUCAAAAUUGAACUCAAGCAGGCCCAGCAGAAGUUAUUAGACAGCGCAAAGAUGUGCUCUUCACUCACGGCUGAGUGGAAGCACUGUCAGCAGAAAAUCAAGGAACUGGAGCUGGAAGUACUUAAACAGGCUCAGAGCAUUAAAUCACAGAACAACCUACAGGAAAAGCUGGCUCAGGAGAAAUCUAGAGUUGCUGAUGCAGAGGAAAAGAUUUUGGAUCUGCAGCAGAAAUUAGAACAUGCUCACAAAGUCUGUCUCACAGACACUUGUAUUUUGGGGAGGAAGCAACUAGAGGAAAGGAUAAAAGAAGCAAUAGAAAAUGAAGCUAAAAUAAAGCAACAAUAUCAGGAAGAACAACAGAAGAGGAAACUCCUAGAUCAGAAUAUGAAUGAGCUACAAAUGCAAGUGAAAAUCUUAAAGGAUAAAGAGAAUCAACUGGAAAUGACCAGUUCUCAGCAACAAUCCAGAAUUCAGCAACAAGAGACCCAACUUAAACAACUGGAAAAUGAAAAAAGAAAAUCUGAUGAGCAUCUGAAGAGCAACCAGGAAUUGUCAGAGAAGCUGUCUGGGUUGCAGCAGGAGAAAGAAGCUCUACGUGAAGAGUAUGGGCAAUUUUUGAAGCGGCUUGAUGUCCAUGUGAGAAACUAUAAUGAGAAACAUCACCACCACAAAGCCAAGCUUCGCAGAGUCAAGGAUCGUUUAGUUCAUGAAGUAGAACUCCGAGAUGAGAGAAUCAAACAACUUGAAAAUGAGAUUGGAGCCCUGCAGCAACAAAUGGAAAAGGAGAAGGCAUUCCAGGGCCAGAUCACCACCCAAAAUGAUAUCCUGCUCCUAGAAAAGAGGAAACUUCUGGAGCAGCUCACAGAGCAAGAGGAAUUGAUCCACGGCAAUAAAUGGAUAAUAUCUUCGGUCCAGAGCAGAGUACUUUUCCUGGAUAAAGAAAAUAAGCAGCUACAAGAAAACAGUCUCCGGCUCACGCAGCAGGUUGGUCUCUUAGAGCGAAUCAUAAGGAGCAUCCAGAUCCGCAGAGGGGAGGAAACAAUUAGUGACAUCCCUGAAUUUGAAGUAUUGAAUAAAAUUGUGCCCUUACCAAACUCCAGUUUUUCAGGAACGGGUUUGAUAGAGUCAGCUGGAAGUCUUCAAGAAACUGAAGAACAUAGGUCAGAAGAAGCAAUGGUAAACGCCAAGUCCCUCGAGUCUCUUUCGUGUUCACAGAAUUCUGAAGCUGGAUACAUAAACGUGGCUUCUCUGAAAGAAAUACAUCACAUCCAAGAAUAAGGCCAAGUCAGAACUAUAAAAUCACUGGUGUCUAAAACUAGACUGAUCAAAGCUGCUAACUUAAAGCUCGGGCGUGAAGGUGGAGCAUGACGUGGAGAAGAGUUAUGACAGAUCCUCACUGGACGUCAACCAGGAGUCUUCAAAAUUGCUGAUAAAUUCAUUAAACCUGUUCUAAUAAUGGAUUUCUCAAGUUUGUUUGGUAUCCUCAAAUGCCUUGUAUUGAUCAAUGUCAUGACUUAAGUUCAGUGGUUUAAUUAGGGUUUUUUUUUUAAGAUUUCUUUUUUGAUGUAGACCAUUUUUUUUUAAAGCCUUUAUUGAAUCUGUUACAAUAUUGCUUCUGCUUUUUGUUUUCGUUUUUUGGCCCCAAGGCAUGUGGGCUCUUACCUCCCCAACCAGGGAUCGAACCCACACCCCCCUGCACUGGAAGGCAAAGUCUUAACCACUGGACCACCAGGGAAGUCCCUAAUUAGGUUUUUGUUCAGUAGAGCACAUAUACAGCUAAUUCAGCAUUCUUUCUAUUCUUAUUAUCUGGGUCUUUUCUUAUUUAUUUUUUAAUUUAAAAGUAAAAACAAUGUAAUCACGUUAAAGCAAAUAUUUGAGGAAAAAAAACCUAUAAAGCCCACAUUCUUAACACAACUAUUUUCAUUUAUUCUUUUCUGGUCCUUAUUCAAAUGUAUAUAUUUUCAAUGGUUAUCAUAUUGUAUAUUCAUUUUCAUAGUCUGAUUUUAAAUUUAAUAUUUCAUAAAACAUUUUCCCAUGUUUCAACAGUCUUCAUAAUUAUUCUUUCAAAAGCCACAUGGUAGGGCUUCCCUGGUGGCACAGUGGUUAAGAAUCCACCUGCCAAUGCAGGGGACACGGGUUCGAGCCCUGGUCUGGGAAGAUCCCACAUGCCACGGAGCAACUAAGCCUGUGUGCCGCAACUACUGAGCCUGCACUCUAGAGCCCAUGAGCCACAACUACUGAGCCUGUGUGCUGCAACUACUGAAGCCCGCGUGCCUAGAGCCUCUGCUCCACAACAAGAGAGGAUGCUGCAAUGAGAAGCCCGUGCACCACAACGAAGAGUAGCCCCUGUUUGCCGCAGCUAGUGAAAGCCCAUGCGCAGUAACAAAGACCCAGUGCAGCCAAAAAUAAAUAAAUAAAAAUAAAUAAAUAAAAAUUUUAAAAGCCACAUGGUAUUCUAUCAUGUUGAUGUCCUAUAAAUUCUCUUGUUGUUUGACCUUUGUUUCUACUUUUUUACUAUUUAAGAUUAUGCUGUGAUGAAAGUGUUUGUAGAUGUAGCUCUUUUCUUCUCUUGAGU